AAUCGAGGGGUUCCUCUCUCUCUUUCUCUCGUGACUCUCCAAUUGGAGCAAGCAAGGCAGCAUAGCCAUCUCCUCCUCUGAUUUUCGCCCAGGGAACGAAGCCCGCUCACUUCUUGGGUUUACACGCACCAGUGGCUUGGACGAAGUCCGAGAACCGAAAACUGAAGCCGCAGCCUUCCUGUUUUGCACAUCUAGCCGAGUAGCCACCGAAUCGCUUCUCUCCGGGUUUUCGAUCGAAAGCUUCCCACCCCCCCCUGCCUCCCUCCAUUCGCGCCAAACCUGCAGCUCUACCAUUUCCUCGAUUAUAUGUAAUGGAACAACUGAAGAGGCGCUCACAUGUUCUCACUGGAGAGGUGAAUUUUGCCCACGAGGAUGAUACACGAUUAGAGACAACUAGAGCAAGAUUGUCUAAUGUUCUUAAAAGACAUCAAGCGUUGACUGAGCGUCUUCAAAGGGACUCCGACAAAAUGAUGUUUGAGCGUUUGAUAAAAGAGUUUGAGGUUGCAAGGGCUUCUCAAACUGAUGAAAUAUCUUUAGAGGAUGAGCAAUGGAAUGAUGGAUUAUUAGCCACAAUCCGCGAGAAGGUUCAUUUGGAAACUGAUAGAAAGGCAUCUUUGAAUGAAUCUAAUGAAGCAAGCAUGCCAACAGAUCCUCUUUUGGAUGCAAAGAUCACAUAUAGGAUUGGAAACAAGGUUAUUUGCUGCCUUGAAGAUGCUAGAAUUGGCAUACAGUAUGAAACAUCAUUUGCUGGGGAUCCAUGUGAAAUUUACCAUUGUGUGCUUGAAAGCAAAUCGUUUCUUGAAAAGAUGAAUGUGAUUCAGCAUACCGUACCUUUCUUUCUACCAAUUCGCGAAGCAGAAAAUGAUCUUCUCUCUUCUAAUGCCAUAAAAUUCAUAGACUAUGUUGGUGCAAUCUGCCAAGCCUAUGUGAACAGAAGAGAACAGGUUCGGCUUAUUAAGGAGCUCUAUGGUAAACAAAUUAAGGAUCUCUUCCACAGUCUUCCGUACAAUAUGAUUGACUUUGUUUUGGAUGACUUUGAUUGCAAGGUGACUGUGAGUCUUAGGUAUGCUGAUCUUGUUUCUAUUUUACCAAGUCGAAUUCGAGUUCUUGCUUGGCCUCUUCAUCCAUCAAAGAAGAUCUUAACAACUGAGAAAAAGGGAAGUACUGCAGCAGGUCAAUCUAUUCCGUCACGCCUUUUAUAUGCAGAGGACGCAUUGAGAACUUUGACUUUGCCUGAAGCAUAUGCUGAAAUCGUCCUGAAUUUGCCUCGAGUUCUUCAGCAAAUGUUUCCUCCGGGUGGUACCUGAGACCUUACUACAUGGACCUUGAUGAUCAUACAAUUUAAUUGAUAUCAGGGGAUAGAGUUAGAUUUCUUGGUGCAUUUCAAGUUGAUAUUAAGGAUUAUAGUAGUGCUGAAUGCUGGAUUGGUGAGUUUUUCUCGUCUUUUGUCUGUAAAAUUUCAGUGAACUUGUGAUUGCCGUUGACUUGUUACAGAUUUGUGUGUGUGUGUGUUUAGAAGUGCUGUUUGUAACCAUGUCAUACAUACGUAAUCGAGCUGCAGCUUGUCGUUGUAUUUUUUUUUUCUUUUAAUUUGUCUUAUAGAGGCAAUAGUAUUCCAUCCUAUAAGUGCAUUGUCCUUUCUAGUGUAUUCACGAUAUUCUUC